AGGAGGGCAAAGCAGGGCACUGCCCUCCCCGCCGGACGCUGGGCCCCGGGCUCGCCCCUCGCCCCCCGCCCCCACGAGGAUCUGGCCCAGCCCCAGGGGGGCGAGCGAGGAGCCACAGCCGGGAGCCAGGCGGGGCGAGCGCUGUGCCCCCUGGCCGGCGCCUCGGCCCUGCCCCGGGGCUCCCACCCGGGACUCUGUACCGCGGGAGGGACGGCGACGGAGCGCCGCUCGGCGCCAGGCCGUCGACUCUCUCUCCGCGGCUCUCAGCCACCACCAUGGGCAGCAAAACCCUUCCGGCGCCGGUGCCCAUCCACCCCUCCUUGCAGCUCACCAACUACUCCUUCCUGCAGGCGGUGAACGGACUCCCCGCCGUGCCCUCGGACCACCUGCCCAACCUGUACGGCUUCAGCGCCCUGCAUGCUGUACACCUGCACCAGUGGACCCUGGGCUAUCCGGCCAUGCACCUGCCCCGCUCCUCCUUCUGCAAGGUGCCCGGGGGCGUGUCCAGCCUGGUGGACGCCCGCUUCCAGCUGCCAGGCUUCCCCUGGUUCCCGCACGUCAUCCAGCCGAAGCAGGAGGCCGGGGGCGCCCCCUCGAAGACCAAGCCCCGCUUUGACUUUGCCAAUCUGGCCUUGGCUGCCACCCAGGAAGACCCCUCCAAGCUGGGGCAGGGUGAGGGACAGGGCUCGCCGCCGGGGCUGGGCUCCCUGCUGGACGUGGCCAAGCUGUCGCCAGAGAAAAAGCCCACGCGGGGCCGUCUGCCGUCCAAGACCAAGAAGGAGUUCGUCUGCAAAUUCUGCGGCCGUCACUUUACCAAGUCCUACAACCUGCUGAUCCACGAGCGGACUCACACGGACGAGCGGCCCUACACGUGCGACAUCUGCCACAAGGCCUUCCGGAGGCAGGACCACCUCCGAGACCACAGAUACAUCCACUCGAAAGAAAAACCUUUCAAGUGUCAAGAGUGCGGGAAAGGAUUUUGCCAGUCCAGGACUCUAGCCGUCCACAAGACACUGCACACGCAAGUCAAGGACCUCAAACCCUCCAAAAUCAAAUGCUAAACGUCCCCAGAGCUCCCGAUAGCCUCCUCACCCCCACCCCCCCGCCGCCCGCCCACCACCCUUGCCCCCCUCCGUGCCCUCCUAGGCUUGCCCACUUCCGAACGGACCGAGGCUUCUGGCACCACCAGGGAGACGGGACGUUUCUCCCCCGGGCAGCCCGGGCCGACGCUUCCCCAAGUAGCUCCCGGCCUGACCGGUUCCCCACCUGCGGUCCCGAGGGGCAAAAGCCAAGGAGCCGUGGGCCUGUGGCUUCCAGGAACUUUGUGCCAAAAGGUGGUGCUCUCGUAUCGGACUGAUAGCUCCCUGGACUUGGAAAGCCACCGCAGCGUAACUUUCAGAAGUAUUACUUUUUUUUCUAUUGUUAUUUUAUACGUUUUAAUUUUGUUCCGAUUUUUUUUGUUUUGUUUUUUUAAAACUGUAUAAGCUUGUAACUCUUACACUGCGGAAAAGGAUCCAGGAGAACCGUUGAGAAACUUCUUCGGAUUCACAUCACCUUUCGUCCUCCCCCUCCCUCCCUGCAGAUUUAAGGAAAAAAAAACCCCUUCCCCCGUACUCUUUCUCUCUGGCUCUCCCUCUCUCCUGCCCCCCCCCCCCGCAUCUAGUUCUCCUUUUCCUCCUUUCUCCCUUCUUCCUUUCCCUCAUCCUUCCCUCCUCUUUCUCCUGCUUCCCUUCCUUUUUUCUUCUCCCCCGUCCUAGAGCUCCUCCACCCCAGUCUCCAUCCGCAGCUACCCAAAUCCGGACCCGCCGUAGCCGCUCGCCAGAAUUUCAGGAGCCUCAGGUCUCCGACACCCUGGACUGAUCAGUAUUCACUCUACAAUCUACUCGGAGACUUCGUUUCUAUUUGUGGUCUGGUGCCUUAGGGAGAGAGUUGUAAAAUGCGGACUAUUUAAAUGCACACACACAUACACACACAUACAUACACACACACACACCCCACACACACCGAGAACGGAGGAAAUAAAUCAAGCUGGCGCUCUGCACAACGUGGUUUCAGUGGUACUUUUAAGUCUGUUUUUCUGUGUGUGUUGGUGACAUAUCCCAAUCGGAAAGUGAAAUGCUGGCUUUUUGGAACCGUGUUAAAAAAAAAAAGAGAGAGACAUUCCAAUAUGUUUUAUAAAGAGAAAAACUUGUACGGCUCAGGCACUUUAUGCUGAUGAUUGGUAAUGGACAUUUAUCACUGGAGUUUUUAAAUAUUAAAAUAAAUGGCUAUUUUACAGGCA